GGUGGGGAGGGGAUAAGCUUCUCAGUCCUGGAAGAGAGAGAAAUGCGGCUAUCGGGUGAAGCUGGUAUGAAAUAGUUCUAACAUGCAACACAUAGUUUUAACCUAUCAGGGUCUGGGCGCUGCUCUUUAUGGGGAGGGCAGGAAGCAUUUUUCAUUUGUCUGCAGCUCUGAAAAGAUUGCGCUGACAGAACUGUUUGCGGGAGAGGCCGGGGAAGGGAGUGGGAAAGUGGAAAGGCUCCUUUCCUGGAGGCGGCGUUGCUACUAAAUGGCUAAAGAGAGAUCCGGAAGGACUUCAGAUGUGCAACAGGAGGAAAAAACUUUGCAGCCGAAUCCUUGGAAGAUUUACUCGCUAGCAGUGAAGAAACAGUGUUGAGCCAUCAAUUUACAGAGGAGGGGAAACAGCUGUAUCUCCAGUCCAGUGUCCAUUUUCCUUUGAGGAGAUAUAUAUUUCACUGUGGCAGAGUGGGUGCUCCUGGAUCUGGGCCAAAGAGCUCUCUACAGGGAAGUCAUGCUGGAGAACUAUGGGAGUGUGGCUUUUCUGGCAGCAGAUGUAGAGGAGACUCUUGGGCAAUUCCAGGGGUUCUCUUUGGAAAAAGCCAACAAUGAAGAGUUUGAAGGAAACUUCAAAGAAAACACACAGGCAGCAGGGGAUGAUCAGAGGAAGGAGGAGGAGGAACUGCAUCAUCUAUCGCCAGAUGAAAUCAAGAAUGAAGAUCUGAGAGGAAACUUCAGGAAUCAAGGCAGACCCAAGAGGCAGAAAGGUCUCUUUCUUACAGUUGAGAAGAGGGAUGAACCCAUUCCUUGCCAAGAAGGGGAUUUCCAUGGAUUAAUUCACAUGGUGGAGGAAACUUACAAGUGCUUGGAGUGUGGGAUGAACUUCUCAGAUCAAACCCAAUAUAAUAGCCAUUUGCGAAAAUGCAGUGGAAAGAAGACCCAUCGGUAUCUGGAAUGUGGAAAGGGCUUCCUUUGUAGAGCUGAACUAAUUAGAACACAUGCAGGAGAGAAACAUUAUAGUUGCUCAGACUGUGGCGAGAGUUUCUUACGAAAAUCAGACUUUAUUAAACAUCAAAGCGUUCAUUCAGGAGAGAAGCCAUUGAUCUGUUCAGAGAGUGGAAUGACAUUCUCUGAUGGAAGACAGGGAAGUCUACGUUUCCCAAGGAACAUUAAAAUGAAGGCAUGUAAAUGCGUUCGGUGUGGAAGGUACUUUAAAUAUAGAUCACAGCUCUUUGUGCACCAAAGAAUACACACAGGGGAGAAACCUGUUGAAUGCUCAGAAUGUGGAAACAGAUUGAGUGACAAUAGCAGUUUUCAAGGGCCUCUAAAAACCCUCACAAAAGAUAAAGCUUUUGAAUGUUCAGACUGUGGCAAAAAAUUCAGUUUCAGUUCUGGUCUUCAGCAGCAUCGAAGAACGCAUACAGGUGAGAAGCCUUUUGAGUGCUCAGUGUGUGGAAAGAGAUUCAGGUGGAGUAGCCAUCUUCAGCGGCAUCAAAGAACCCACACAGGGGAAAAACCUUUUGAAUGUUUGGAGUGUGGAAAGCGAUUCAGUGACACAUGUAGCCUUCAAAAGCACCUACGAGUCCACAGAGGGGAAAAACCUUUUGGAUGCUCAGAGUGCGGAAAGAAAUUCAGUCUGAGUAGCAAUCUUCUACAGCAUCAGAGAACUCACACAGGGGAGAAGCCUUUUCAGUGCUCGGAGUGUGGAAAGAGAUUCAGUGACACAUGUACCCUUCAAAAGCACCUUAGAACCCACACAGGGGAGAAACCUUUUGAAUGCUUAGAAUGUGGAAAGAGAUUCAGUGACACGUAUAAUCUUCAAAAGCACCUAAGAACCCACACAGGGGAGAAACCUUUUGAAUGCUCAGAAUGUGGAAAGAAAUUCAGUCGGAGUGAUCGUCUUCAACAGCAUCAAAGAACUCAUACAGGGGAGAAACCUUAUGGAUGCUUAGAGUGUGGAAAGAGAUUCAGUGACACAUAUGACCUUCAAAACCACUUAAGAACCCACACAGGGGAGAAGCCUUUUGCAUGCUCAGAGUGUGGAAAGAGGUUCAGUCGGAAUGGCAAUCUUCUACAGCAUCAAAGAAUUCAUACAGAGGAGAAACCUUUUGAAUGUUCAGAAUGUGGAAAGAGAUUCAGCCGGAAUGACAAUCUUUUACAGCAUCAAAGAAUCCAUACAGAGGAGAAACCUUUCGAAUGCUUAGAAUGUGGAAAGAGAUUCAGUCAUCGUGGCAAUCUUCACAAGCAUUUAAGAACUCACACAGGAGAGAAGCCUUUUGAAUGCUCAGAAUGUGGAAAGAGAUUCAGUCAGAGCAGCAAUCUUCACAAGCAUUUAAGUACUCACACAGGGGAGAAACUUUUUGAAUGCUCACAGUGUGGAAGGAGGUUCAGUCAGAGCAGUAAUCUUCAACAGCAUCAAAGAUUCCACACAGAGGAGAAAUUUUUGAAUGCUCAGAAUCUGGAAGGACCUUUCAGCGGAGUGUCAUACUUCAACAGCAUCUAAGAACCCACACCAAAGAAAAGUGAAUGGUCAUAGUGUGAAAAGAAAUCUUUCCCAAGGUGUGAUGUUUAAAACUAUCUACAAAUUCACACAAGGGAGAAUCCUUUAUAACGCUCAGAGUGUGGGAAGAGAUUCAGUCAGCAUAGCAGUCUUCAACAGAGUCAAAGAACCCACACCAGGAGAAACUGUGUAACUGCUUAGCUUGUGAAAAGAGCUUUUGUGUCUACUCAGAAUCCUGGCCCUAACAUGGAAGAAAUGACAGAAAUAUUUGGACUGAGGGCAGAGCUCAAACAGGUCUCAUGGGGAAGAAAGAAAGGAUGUGUUCUGAGGGUGGAAGGAAAUUCAAGACCACCUCCUAUCUCCUUAACCUUUGAGGGAUUCACACAGGAGAGAAACUUCAUAAAUACUCACCGAGUAGCAAAACCUUGAAGGCAGAGAUCCAACCUCCCUAUUUCUCAGAUAAUCUACACAAGGGCAAACCUUUCCUUUGUUGGUUCUGAUGAGGUCCUUCUUUGAAUGCCCAGGUGUUUGGAGACUCAGAAGUACUUGGAAGUAGUUACACAAAGAAGGGCCUUUUUAAUGGUUGCCCUGCUUCAGUCUAUCUGCCAGUCUAACUCUGACAUCUGCAAAACAUGCUAGAACAUUUCUCCUUUCCAAAUACUGUGAAAUAGAUAAGUUGAGGAAAAGAUUGCAUCCCUGAAGCCACAAAUCCUAAGUUCAAAGGGGUCAGACCUCUACCCCCCACAAACAACAUCCAAUAUUGUGGAAAUGAGCAGGUAUCCUUGGAGUUGGCCAGCAGAUGUUGUGGGACACAAAUUCCUCAAUCCCAAUUUUCCUUCCUACUGAACUUCCUGAUUCUCCUGGAGAGAAACAGAAGGGAGAAGUAAGAUUUCCUCCUGCUCUGAACCCCCUUCCUGGGCUCCAUGAGCUGGAAAUGACCUGGAGUAAUGUCCUCCCUCCCUCCUCAGAUUCCUUCCUUCCUCAGCAGAUGGAGAAAAUUCUCUUUUCUUUACACUAAUUUAGUUUGGAAAGGAAUCUGUGUUGGGGGUUGCUAACAGGUCUGCAGGGGGAAAAUAUCCGACCCAUUUCUCAGACACUUAUAGUGUGUGGAAGUGAGCAGCUGAAGAGGCAAAUAACAUCCCACAAAGCCUCUGUUAAGGGAUGGCACACUUUUUUCUUCCAGGUAGUUGGCAACCCUGAAGUAAAUGUUUUUUUUUAAUUAGAGAAAAAGCUCAGCUAAGGAAGGGUCAUAGAAAUUAAAACUCUUUUAAUGAACUA